UGUGGUAGCCAUAAUGUCUGCAAAACAGUACGUAACAGAAGAGGCAUGCCCCCGUACGCUGUACGUGGGGAACCUGGAUCCUUCGGUGACUGAGAGUUUGAUUAUUGCUUUGUUCGGUCAGAUUGGACCUUGUAAAAGCUGUAAGAUCAUACAUGAGGUAUCCGGAACUUUUCAACCAGAGACCACACCUGUACGAGGGGAACCCAACUCUGCAGAGACAGGCACAGAUCCGUACUGCUUCGUGGAGUUCUAUGACCACUCGUCUGCAGCAUCUGCUCUAUCAGCCAUGAACAAGAGGAUGUGCAUGGGAAGGGAAAUGAAGGUUAACUGGGCCACCUCGCCGAGCAAUCAGCCCAAACAAGACACAAGCAAACAUUUCCAUAUAUUUGUGGGAGACCUCAGUCCAGAUAUAGAAACACACCAACUAAAGGAGGCAUUUGGAGCUUUUGGGGAAAUAUCAGACUGCAAGAUCAUACGAGACCCACAGACACUGAAAUCCAAAGGAUAUGGUUUUGUCUCCUUCGUUAAAAAAACAGAUGCAGAAUCAGCGAUCAAUGGAAUGAAUGGGCAGUGGUUAGGAUCCAGAGCUAUACGAACCAACUGGGCCACCAGAAAACCCCCUGCACCUGUACCAAAAGAAACUGUAAAACAAAUGUCUUAUGAUGAAGUUUACAACCAGUCAAGUGCUACAAACUGUACUGUCUAUUGUGGUGGCAUAGCCAAUGGUCUAACAGAAGAUCUUAUACGUCAAACGUUCAGCAGCUAUGGCACUAUACAAGAGGUUCGAGUAUUUAAAGAUAAAGGCUAUGCUUUCAUCAGAUUUUCCACAAAAGAAGCAGCUGCUCAGGCGAUAUGCUCAGUACAUGGUACAAUGGUAAAUGACCAGCAAGUGAAGUGUUCCUGGGGGAAGGAGUCCAACGACCCUAGUCAGAAUAGUAGUGGAGGCACAGCCACACCCCUGCCCACACAGAACAGUCCCGCCCAGCAGAGUCCGCAGCAACAGUAUUCCACAAGCUCGCCCUCCUCUUACUCCCCCUAUUUCAACAUGGGCUACUACUUCCCCGGAGCCUACCAGAACAUGGCACAGGGCAGCUACAUGCAGGCUGGGGGCAUCAACCAGUGGCCUGCAGGCUACAACUACCAGACAUACAGUAUGAAUGUACCGACAGCUGUCCAACAGUGGGGACAGGUACAAAUGCAGCCAGGCCAGCAGCAGCAAUUCAACGGCCAGCAACCUGGCAUGAUGGGAUACCCAAUGCAGCAAGAUGAAGGCGUGGAAACAGAAUGAUGGGAGAACAAAGGGUGGAUAGAAGAGUUAGAUAAAAGAUUCCAGCAAGCUCAGUGAUCAUGACUUAUAUGUUCCAUCACACAUCAAAUGCCACCCGUCAUCCCUGGUCGUUAUUGGCUAAUCCUGGUCGUGGCACCACAUCCUGGAUUACUAUCUUAUACUGCUGGAGGCUGUUUACAGUCUGUGAUGUUUCCUUUUCAGGAGGAACAGCUAACAGCACAAAACGCAACUUUGCUAAAAUAUUAAGUUUUAGAGAUUGUUUAUUACAGUAACUGUUAAAGGGUUAGUGUAGUUCUCAAAUUAAAAUAUUUGACAUGAAAUUAAUUAGAAACUUUCAAAUACAUCCUGUAUGUAAGAUUCCCUGAGAAUGUGUUGAAUGGAAAAGGUUUAAUGGUUUUAGAGGGAGUUUUAUUAUAUAUUUUAGCAGAAGUUGCUGACUGUACUUUUAGCAUCACCAUCUCAUCAACUCUGUAUAUAGCUGUAUUAACAUGUAGAAAUUGAUGAUGAGAGUGGUGAUUUGGGUUCUCAGUGUGAAGCUGCCGUUGUGGCAGAAAUUACCUUGUCAACUAUCUAUCAUAAUUGCAUUUGCCCAUACCAUAACUCAUAGCUUCAUAGACUUUUAAAACACUGCUGUCUCCAGGAUUAUUAUCGUUUGUACCAGAAUCACAUGGACAUAAACUUGUCACUGUUGGUUUUAAGACCUAUAUGAAACAUUUGCUGGUUUACCUGCUAAUUAACGGGAGUUGGGUUCUCAGCUAGUAAAUUUGUUAACUUAAAGCUGUAGUUUGCUGGUGAAAUUAACUUUCAGCAGUAGUUUACUGGUAAACUUGUUAACUUAAUGCUAUAUUUUGCUGGUAAACUUGUUAACUUACCAUUAUAGUUUGCUGGUAAACUUGUUAACUUACUGCUAUAGUUUGCUGGUAAACUUGUUAACUUACAGCUAUAUUUUACUGGUAAACUUACCGCUAUAGUUUGCUGGUAAACUUGUUAACUUUCAGCUAUAGUUUGGUGUGAACUUGUUAACUUACAGCUGUACUUUUGCUGGUAAACUUGUUAACUUUCAGCUAUAGUUUGGUGUGAACUUGUUAACUUACAGCUGUACUUUUGGUGGUAAACUUGUUAACUUUCAGCUAUAGUUUACUGGUAAACUUGUUAACUUACCGCUAUAGUUUGCUGGUAAACUUGUUAACUUUCAGCUAUAGUUUGGUGUGAACUUGUUAACUUACAGCUGUACUUUUGGUGGUAAACUUGUUAACUUACAGCUGUAGUUUGCUGGUAAAUUUGCUAACUUACAGCUGUAGUUUGCUGGUGAAUUUAACUUACAGCUGUAGUUUGCUGGUAAAUUUGCUAACUUACAGCUGUAGUUUGCUGGUGAAUUUAACUUACAGCUGUAGUUUGCUGGUAAAUUUGCUAACUUACAGCUGUAGUUUGCUGGUGAAUUUAACUUACACCUGUAGUUUGCUGGUGAAUUUAACUUUCAGCAGUAGUUUGCUGGUGAAUUUAACUUACAGCUGUAGUUUGCUGACUAGUUUGUUAACUUACAGCUGGUGUUCGCAAUUUAAACUUAGACUUUGAAUGCUACUUCAAAGGAGACCACUGUUGUGGUGCAGGUGUAAACUUUGAAUUCUUAUUUGCUGGUUUACUUGUAAACUUAUUCAUUCACAUUGGUUGACGUGUACAUCAAUACUUUGUAUGUUGGGUAACGUAUAAACUUGUAAUUUGUACAUUAGUUAACAUGUAAAUUAAUGAUUUGUAUACUGGUUAAUUUGUAAACUUGUAUCAGUGAGUUUGUAAAUUUUACAAAUGUUAUUUUUUGUAACCUUACAACACACUUAUGUUUUGAUGUUGAUUUCUGGAAGAUGUUUGUAUCUGUUGUUAAUCAUUACAACUUGGGAAGCUCUGAGCUUUGGUUGGCACUUCUAUUAUGUAGAGUCAUAUCAUCAUAGGGGAGAGGAAGACUUUCUAAUGGUGUUUGUUCUCAUGAUUUGGAUGAUGAUGAUGAUGAUAUGAUGAUGAUGAUGAUGAUGAUGAUGAUGAUGAUGAUGAUGAUGAUGAUGAUGAUGAUGAUGAUGAUGAUGAUUAUAUAUAUAUUGUGUGAUCAUUGCUGUCCACCGGAUCAAACAAUCUGUUAUGAGAAUUGCUGUUGUUGGUCUGGUGGUUCAGCCUUUGUCCCUGUAGAUAUUGUACUAAUACUAAUAUAAAUGAAUGGUUUAUGUAUCAGAAGUUAUAUCAAUUCUGAAGCAAUGCUCAUGAUGUAUUUAUUAUAUAUAGUGAGGCUGUGUAAGCAAGAGAUGUCAAACGCUAGGAAACUGCCAUCACUAGGGGGCAUCACUUAUACUGUUACUUUGAGGGAACAGCACUUAUGUGGCUUUGCUUUUAAACACAACACUAGUGAGUUGAGUUUAGGGGGCAGCAUCAGUGUGCUGUUGACUCUAAGGGGCAGUGCCAAUGUGCUGUUGACUCUAGGGGGCAGUGCAAAUGUGCUGUUGACUCUAGGGGGCAGUACCAAUGUGUUGCUGACUCAAGGGGGUAGCACAAUUGUGCUGUUGACUCCAGAGGGCUGCACAAAUGUGCUGUUGAUUUUAAGGGACAAUAUAAAUGAUUAACUCCAUUGUGAUGGGAGUCUUAAAAAGAGUGUUGCUGUAAAACUUGUUUGCCCUCAGUUACAGUUUGUGAGUAUAUGAUGACGUUAUUAUGCCCUGAAUUUCGGGUUCAUGAGUGUGAUUGAGUCAACAAAACUAUUAAUAAAUGUUAAGUUGUAUAUUGAGUGGUGUUAGAAGAUUUUUAUUGAUUUUAUAUAUGGGAGUGUGAAUGAUAGAUUUAAAUGUGAAUAUAAUGACAUGGAAAUGAUUUUAUAUGAGAUCAUGCACAGAAUUGGACUAGAAUGUUUUCAAAUGAAUGAAUUAUUUUUCAUUUAAUUAUAAAUGUCACAGUUGUUGAAAGUCAUAUAUUAUUAUUAUUAUCAUUGAUGUCCAAGGAAAGACAAGUAUUACCAACUAAGUAGAAAUUGAUUAUUUAUACAUUUUUUUCACCAAAUUUUGACAAUGAGUUAUGUUGUCUAGUAAGCAAACAUUCACCGUCAUCAUAUGUCUAUAGCAUCAAGUUGACGUUUUGUUUUAUUUGUAUAAUGUUGUGUAAAAAAAAAGGGUUUUUUAAGAUGUGAGAACAUUCGUUAUGCCACACAUGGCUGCUGCAAUGCGUAUAUUUUGAUACAGGGGGUAUUGUAGAUUUAUUGGGUUUGGUAGAUGGUUACUCAUCACUGCUAGGAAGAUGUGUUGUUGUAUAUAGGGAGUCAAUGAGUGUAGUUAGUUAUCCCGUCGUCAUACAUCGUCAUGGUUACAUGAGAACCCUUGUGUUGUCAUGUCAACUUAGGGACAGGAGUCUCAUUGGUGUGGUUCAUCAUUCUGAGCUGUUUCGUAUCGUGGCUUUGUCAUCAGUUUCAUGGUCGUCCUACAUGGUUUGUGUGAAGCGUCGGUGAUCUGUGUCGUCGCCUGUUGUCAUUGUAAGAUAGAAAUGUAUCCCAGGGUUACCGAGUUCUGUAUCCAGAUGUGUUCUAUUCUAUGUAUAUAACUGGAAAUUGAUGUAAAUAUGAGACCUAGAAAAGUCUGGGCUGACACAGUUAAGACCUAAGGUCAUUUUCUCAUCUGUCACUAAGAUGACAUGCAGAGGUAUUACAGAAAAUGUUCUUUUGUUCAAGUGCUUUGAGAAGGGACAUUCCUAAACAAAUGUACAAAAUAAAGUUUGAGUGCCAUAGUAUUAUCUAGGUGCCAUGUUGUUAUCAGUUGAUCCAUGUAAAGAUUAUCUAUCUUAUAUAUCAAUAUAGAGUGAAGCUUUGACAUUCGGGCUACACACCCAUCUGUGAAGUUCACAACCUGAUUCUGUUUUAACUUUUAAUCCAUUUUCUGGUAUUUAGAACGUAGAAUGAUGAUAUUUUACAUUGUUUUGAUAAGACGUUUUGAGAACUAUGAAAAAUGCUACUGAUUUAGUCCAAGCACUGUUUUGAUCUCAUUUUUUCUGUGAUACAGUGACAGCCAAGACUUUUCUGUGUCAGAACACAUCCACCAUGUGUACAUAUACACAUUCAGUGACACCGAGAGGUGGAAAGGCUCAUCAGAAUUCUUCUUGUAGUCAUCAUUAUCUCAUACUACAACAACCUCUCUGGUCUGCUACAAUCUUCAAUUUUGUAUAAGGAUGCUCAGAUGUUCUCAUCAUAUUAAACAUUUUGAUUUUUUACUGAAAUUGUUGAUGAUCAAGUACAACUUGUAACAACAGAUUUUUCCAACUAACAUGAAUAUUACAGCUAUCCUGGAACUGUGAUAGAGGUCUGAGUAGCUAGUCGCUUACAGCUCAUAUUUUCAUUAGGAGGGUUAGACAUUGUACUGAUUUUCUACUUUGAGAAUUAUUUGAGGAUUUACUGUGAGCAGCUGAAGCUGAUAGAAACUUGAUGUAUGUGUAGCAGUGUUAUGGGGUUGUUGUCCUCGUGUUUUAUACUUUAUAUGAAAAAAAUCCGCUCAAAUUUGUGUGGGGUUUGUUGUACGACUUCUAUGACACAGCCACUACUCUUCUAUCAGGUUAACUCAGGGCUACAGACUGUCUAAAUCAUGUUUACAGUGUAGCGCUUUGAUCUGAAAACAUUAUAGUAAAAUCUGGUUUUACAGUAUAGUGUUAGGAUCUACAGACGACAAUAAUAUCAGGUUUUACGGUGUUAGGAUCCAUAAACAACACAAUAAUAUCGGGUUUACAGCAUAGUGUUAGGAUCUAAAGACAACAAUAACAGGUUUUACAGCAUAGUUUUAGGAUCUAAAGACAACAAUAUCGGGUUUUACAGUGUAGUGUUAGGAUAUACAGACGACAAUAAUAUCAGGUUUUACGGUGUUAGGAUCCAUAAACAGCACAAUAAUAUCGGGGUUUACCGCAUAGUUUUAGGAUGUAAAGACAACAAUAUCGGGUUUUACAGUGUAGUGUUAGGAUAUACAGAUGACAAUAAUAUCAGGUUUUACGGUGUUAGGAUCCAUAAACAGCACAAUAAUAUCGGGGUUUACCGCAUAGUUUUAGGAUCUAAAGACAACAAUAUCGGGUUUUACAGCAUAGUGUUAGGAUCUACAGACAACAAUAAUAUCAGGUUUUACAGUGUUAGGAUCUACAGACAACAAUAAUAUCAGGUUUUACAGCAUAGUGUUAGGAUCUACAGACAACAAUAAUAUCAGGUUUUACAGAGUAGUGUUAGGAUCUAAAGACAACAAUAAUAUCACGUUUUACAGUGUUAGGAUCUACAGACAACAAUAAUAUCGGGUUUUACAGCAUAGUGUUAGGAUCUACAGACAACAAUAAUAUCGGGUUUUACAGCUUAGUGUUAGGAUCUACAGACAACAAUAAUAUCAGGUUUUACAGCGUAGUGUUAGGAUCUACAGACAACAAUAAUAUCAGGUUUUACAGUGUUAGGAUCUACAGACAACAAUAUCACGUUUUACAGAGUAGUGUUAGGAUCUACAGACAACAAUAAUAUCGGGUUUUACAGCUUAGUGUUAGGAUCUACAGACAACAAUAUCACGUUUUACAGAGUAGUGUUAGGAUCUACAGACAACAAUAAUAUCGGGUUUUACAGCGUAGUGUUAGGAUCUACAGACAACAACAAUAUCACGUUUUACAGUGUUAGGAUCUACAGACAACAAUAUCACGUUUUACAGAGUAGUGUUAGGAUCUACAAAUGGUACAAUAUUACAGGCUUUUUCUCAUUUUUUUACUUCUGUGUCAAAAGGUAAAGAUCAAUUUUCUUUAUAUCUGGCCAUGUUUAUCGCUAGUCCAAACCAGACUUGUAAUUGGUAUUAUUAAUUGUUAAUCUGAGAGACAUAACACCAACUACUGUGAUUUAGGUUGGGUCUGUUAAGAUAUUUUGUUUUGCUGUCAGUAGAGACCUACUUUCUGUUAUUAAGGUCUCUGCUGUAAGCAAUAUGACCACAGUUGGGUUUUUUGUUUCAAGUUUUAACUGUCCAAAGUCAUUUAGUAUGUACACAUAAGCAGGCCUCAGGACGAUAAUAUAGACUAUAUCCAAAAUGUUGAUAAAAUACAUCUAGAUAUUGGCCUAAUUUUAGGUGUUUAUCUAUACUUUUUGUAAAGUUACAUUUUGACUCUAAACUGAGGGGUAUUUUUUAACUUUUCAUAAUUUUAGUAAAUGAUAUUGUGAUCCAAGAAACCUGGCCUUGUUCUGAUAAUUUCUCUCAAUAUAUCUGAAGCUCCUGCCUCUCAGUACAUCUGGAGCUCCAGACCCUCAGUAUCUCUGGAGCUCCUGCCUCUCAGUACGUCUGAAGCUCCUGACCCUCAGUACAUCUGGAGCUCCUGACCCUCAGUACGUCUGGAGCUCCUGACCCUCAGUACGUCUGGAGCUCUGAAGAGUAUGGGGACUGUUAUUUUGUGUACAUACAAUGUAAUUUAUGUAGAUAACUAACUUUAAAGUAGCAUACAUACCUCACUCUCCCUGUCCACAUUAACUUGUGUGUUCUCUCAUAUAACAAACUGAGAGUACUGGUUCUUCACACCAUGUCAAACUUAAAGGUACUGGUGGCCUGGAAUUUUUCUUAUCAGUGUUUCUAUUGACAACAAUAGAAUUUUGUUUUCGAUGAUGAAGCGAUCGAUCUUCUUUAUGGACAUUCAGAGAAAGAAGUUUAAAAAAAAACAUUGGUAGUUGGAAACACAAGUAAGAGAGCAGUGUGGGUUUAACAGUCCAUUGUGUACAACCAAUGUGCUAUAGAGCACUGUGAGGCCUGGUGCUUCAUAGAGCUUAGUGCUUAGCUGAGGUAGAGUUAUCUCCCCUAGUACUGAUAUUGGGACAAAAAAUAAGUUCAUGAAAAGAUAGACCGUUUGAAAUUGGAUUUGUAUCAGAAAAUUUCUAAAGGAAUGAUGUAACACUGAGAGUGCCGAACUAUUGUGGACAGAGAGAUAACUUGACUAUCUUUCAUUCUGGUGUAUUGGGAUCCCUAUCAUAAGAAAGGUUUAGGAUCCUCAUGAGAGGAACACCUAGCAUGAUUGUGUACACUCAUUAUAUCCAUAUGUCCAGAUCAUUUUAUGUUUAAUAUCAGAACGGUGUAGUCCGCUCUGUUCAUUGUACCACAGCAAAAACAAAAAUAAAAGCAUGGGAAGUCGA